AUGCAGCCGACAUACGACUCUACGACACACUGUCCACCGAUAAUGAGCGCAGGACGACACGAGAUGGAUCCACACGACGACUGGAAGUCUGCCGAGCGCCCCAACUACUUGACCAACGUGGACCUGGAGUAUCCGUACUCAGAGCUGCCGUACAUAGCGCAGUACAAGCUGCUCAAGCUCCCCUUCACUGGAGAGCUGAUCGAGCAUGUCGACUACUGGGGCGAGGGGAGUAUCGUCAACGGGGGACUGUAUUCGGGCUUCCGCAACUGCUACAACGUAAACCGACAGUACCAAGAGGUCAGCAACGGGCCGGACAAGGAUCGCAAGAUCCCCAACAGAAUCCCGGUGCGCGACGAGAACGACUGCGACACCCGGGCUUACAUCAAGGAUGACUCGGUCAAAAUAGUGACGCUCAUGAGCGCGCCCAUCAUUCCGAACAGCGCCAGAGACAUUACGAGAAUCGUUAACGAGCGCGUCGGCAUGGUCGUCAUCUACGGAAUGCCAGUAGAGUCCCAGGGUAUUAAGCUCCUGGCUGCCGAGCUGAAGAACAAGCUUCUGCUAUACUGUCCGGACUACGAGCUGCCCGAUUACUUACAGGAACCGACAAUGAUGGACUCGCACGUGGCUUUCCUCAACAAGCAACUUCUUAUGGAUCUGCUGUUCAAGUACGUGUCGACCGGGGACUACGACAAGGCGGUGACUAUCACGAAGUCCUUGGAACAUGAUAACGUCGGUUUUAUGAUCGAAGAGCUGAUCGACAGACUCUUGCGGGCACGAGAACCUAACGUGUUCGCAUACGCGGACAAGUUGUGGUCCGCCGGACACCACGAUAUAGUCAAUGACUUUUUCCCUUCGGAAGUAAAAUUGAUCACCAAGCAAGAAAGGGUGAAAAUCAUCGGAAGAUAUUACGAUCAAGCUCUGAAGCUGGACGCCAAUGUCGACUCGUACAACGACCGCCUGGCCUGGGGCGACAGCAAGGACAAGACUAGUCACAGAGUGAGCUGGAAGCUUAUCCCGGUAUGGGAGAAUAACAAGCUGCUGUAUAAAAUAAUGAACACUGAACAUACUAUGUACCUGAAGCUGGACGUGAACGUAGACGGGUACGGAGACAGGAAAGCGUGGGGCUCCAACAACUCGAACGAGAAGCGCCACCUGUGGAAGCUGACGCCUCUGACGCCUGUAGUGCUGGAGACCGGCAACGUCUUACUCAUAGAGAACCACGAGUACGGGCAGAGUCUGAAGCUGGACGCGCACGUGGACAGCUACGGCGACCGCCUGCUCUGGGGAAACAACGGAAACGUCGAUGGUAACCCUGGCUACUUCGGCUGGGUCAUCAACGCGUGGCCGUAG